AGGAGCAGCGUCCCUGGUAACAACAACCUUCUUAUAUACUGUCUAUGGUCACAACCUCUCGCGACUAAGUGAGCACAUUGUUGCCAGGUUGAAGCCCAUGCAUGUAUGGAAGCUAGGUUACAACGUGUUUGAUCGAGUUAAGUGUUAAGUAGUGUUAGACCACCCUUUUGAACAUCUUUAGUUUACAUUGCAUCACGGGGACUUUUUCCCCCCACCAAGCACAGCGCGGAGCAAGGGCACGGAGAUGUGACUUCCGCAUCCGCUACGUUUUCGAUUUCGCGGGUCAGCCGUGGACGUAUUUAUUAAGAGAACGGGGUCCGCACGUAAAAGCUAUCGUUGUUUUAAUGGAACGGCAUUUUCAGUGAACAAGCUAACGUUGAUUCAUAUUUAAAAAACCAACAGUUUGUUAAUGGUUUCUUGCGUGUUGUCACGACAGAACUAAGUCACCACAGCGCGACAUCCAGACCCAAGCAUGUCACUGCUGUUUAUGGUUGAGCAAGCUAUCAAGUCAUGCAAAGCUGAACAAGCCAAGAUUAACGACAGUAUACAACUCUACAGAGAACUAUUACACACCUUAACGCCACAACCAAAGACGGACUGUGAUGAGUCAGAAUGUGCAGAUGGUGCUGCUCUAGACACAGUUACCUCACCAGGGGAGAAAGAAGAUAUGGAAUUGCUUGAGCGAGCCCUGGAGAAAGCCCUCCGUGUCCGCACUGGCACAGGAUCUUCUAUAAAAGCCUCAAAAAAAUCUGCACCUCGAAAGGAACCCGGCACCACAGCUGUCACAUCCAAAGAGGGAAGGCAGGCAUCUGCAGCUUCUAAAGGAAAUCAGGCAACCACCAGAUCAACCUCUAAAUCUGCCAGUCUUGACAGAAAAGAGCACAAAAAGCCUGAUGGAAUUGUGCAUCAACAGGCAGCAGCAGCAAGGAAAUCGCAGCAGGUUGUCUCAGCGUCUGGCUCUCUUGAUCGGGGUCAAUUCCACACCUCAACCCUCCACUCUAAAAACCAGACUAUUAGAAGCAACGUGCUGAGUGGAAACGACCUGGCUAGAGCUGCAGCUAUCUCCAUUCCUUCAGAUAACACAGUGCCUGUUUCACACACACACAGGUCUGGAGCUCACAGUUUACUUCGACAGACUGGGAAAGCUUCUGAUCAAACUUCAAAAUGGAAAUCUCUGAGGAGCAAGCAAAACAGGUUAUGGGACAAAGUCGUUGCCCUACAAAGGAAACCUGCGCCUGGGAGGAGUCACUUCAUGGAGAGAAUGAGAGCUACGUUCCCCAAGGAUUGGCCAUGUGGCAGCCCAGAUCAGACCAGGGCUCUGGUCAACCGACUGACUCACACAGGGCAUGACCUCACCCAGCACUGCCAGACAAAAGAGCUUCUGGCCAAAGAGACACCAGAAGCAGCCACAGAGCUGGGUGGUAAGGCAAACAAGAAUGAUUUCUUUCUGACACUUGAAAGGUUGUCGAUGACAGCAGCACAACUCCAGUACUUUGCAUACCAAGCGAAACAAGAGUGGGAAACAUGGGAUCGAUGGAGGCCAGAGGCAGGUUGUCUUUGCCCCACUGGGGCAAAUGGUGCGUGGGGAGAUGGGAUGAUUGCACCCCUGCCCCUGACUAUAACCUACACGACAGAAGCAGAGUUCAGAAAGCUGGAGAAGCUGAGGAUGAGGGUGGCUCUGCUGCAACAGGAGCUGUACCUCGAGCAGGCUCUGUUGGAGACUCUGUCCCCUCAUCUUUCAUCUAUAGUACCUGGGCCUGGAUGUCCCAACCUCAGUGUGCUGAGAGACAUGUACUCCCUGCUGGGUGAAGGAGGGGAGCGUUUCCCUGCCAUAGUCCUGGACUGUGAGCUUGACUGACUACAGAGCAUAUUACACUGAGUUACCAGUUAUACUCCAUUUACCUCCUCUUUACAUGUAUAAAAUAAAUCAAAUAUUACCUCUCAGUAUUAUAAUAAUAAUAAUAAUCCAGUGCAACGGCAGUUGAAUCAUACCCCUCUGACACUGUCAAUAAAACUAGAACAUAAAGUUCACAACAAUAAAAUGAAUUGCAAGAUCAUUAAAUUGGAUUGCUUUAGGGCAAGCAGGUGUACCUAAUAUAGUGGUAACUCGGUGUAUAUUUGUCCUUAAAUCAAGGUGAUUAUUGUGAAGAAUCUGGUUUUGUUUCAUGUGCUGUGACUGUAUUUAUUUAGUGUCUGAUGCCAUGCAGUAACUUGCAUGACUGAAAAAGUCAUGUUUAUUAUUUAUUUUUAUUUUUUUCUUCUUUAUUGAUGUUUCUGACUGUGACGUCCAAUAUUUACAGUUUUUGUCGUUUUGUGUUCAGAUAAUCCAGUGGGUUUAUAAAUGGUUUAUUUAGCUUUAGAGACUCCAGGAAUGUUCUCAACCCAUACAGGAACAUUCAACCCUUCAAUUUAUCUGAAAUGUUACAUAUCACCAAAUUUGGAUUGGCAUGGCUUUAUGAAUAAUGAGAUGCAUUUACUACAUGAUAUCGGCAUGUGGCAAAUAGAUUUUACACUCUGCAUCACUGUAAUUCCAGUUGGUCUUCUCAGAAAUAUUUCAAUUUGAACAGUGUAGGUUUUUUUUUUUCUAAUGGUUCAAUCCUAGUUCCAUGUUUAAAUUAUAUUUUGAUUUUGAUUUUUGUUGUAUAAUUGUACUGCAUUAAUACCAAUUAAUACCUAGAAUAAUGGAAAAACGUAACCCGAGGUCAGUAAUGGAGCUCUUGCGACACUGAGUGUACCAGCAGAUGGCACUCAACUCACAGGAGAAGGGACCAUAGAACGCACAGGUGACGAAUGUUAAUCGCUUGUUUAGUUAAUACUGGUUGCACCCAAAGCAAUCGAUCAAUUGGCAGUCAGAUUCAAUCCGUGACCUAGAAUUACAUGUGGAAAUACAACUACUUUUCAUAAAAUACUAACAAGUAUUUUUUUAAAUUUACUUAUCAGUGUGCUGAUGCGACUGUUGGCCUGCUGGUCUGUGGAUUUAAGUGAUUUGAAAGGAACUAUGGAGGGGCCUCAUCCUAUUUUAAUCCUGUCUUUCAUCGAAAGCAGCAGGGAUGCCUCUUCAGGCUCAUCCUCCAUGUGUUCCAGUUUCUUCCUGGCAAAUCAACGUUUCUGAAGAGCUCACAGAGGGCCGGAGCUGAUUGCGAACGUGAUCCAAGAGGCCAACGCUGCAACCUGGCUUUGGGAUUCAUCAGCCCACACCAUCAGGAUGGGCUGUACUACGGGCCACCUGGCUUGCCAAACCCAGCCCCAGACCAACGCGGGGCGGGAGGGUCAGUCCCUGGAGGCUGGUGGUGCUAAAGUCCCUGACGUGCUCUCCUCUCUGGAGCGUCUGUCCCAGGCCACUGGAGGCAUGGAGAAGUCCUGGUACCGCUGCAUCUUUCCCUUUGGAAUCAUCUCUUUGGUGAUCGGCGUCGCAGGAACUGCGGUGACCUACACCUAUAAUGACCUGCCUCAGACUAAAGUGGUGUCAGUGGUGCUGCUCGUCAUGGGUGUUUUGCUGUUGCUGAUGGCCACCACCUGUUGGAUUGUCCACAAGAAAAAGAGAAGGAAAAAGAAAGAGGGAGGCUCGUUCACCUCUGAGCAGUGUCCCUUAUGAAGCACAUGGGGAAAACAGUGGUAGGAACUUGAAAGCAGAGACAUACCCCAGGCUGGGAGCUCAAGGGUUGGCUAAAGAAAAACGCCACUUCACCUCCUCCCAGCGCCAAAUCCCCUCUAUUCUUUCUCACAGAGUUUAGCUCAGCACAUACUGGAGAGAACUUGAGCUGAGAAAUCAUAGAGAGUGGAAGGACAGAUUGACAGGACACUAAGUAUCUGUUUAGUCUGUAAAGUUUGGACCAUUUUGGAUUAGCAAGGAGGGAUCACCAAUGCCUCACGCUCUUUAAUCAUCAGACAGCAGGUGUCCAGUGUCAAAACAACCUCUGAGGAGACACACACAAAUAUGCAUUGCACACUACAUGCAUAUUUACAUGCACGGAUACACUCACAUAUGCACAAGUAGUCUCAGUGGGAGCUCGCGCUGACACCUAACACGCUAUGCAGAGCUGCUGCCGGAGUCAAUGCUAGUGUCACUAAGCACGUCAGUCACAGCAUUCCUCUUGCCACAGGUGACUCUCCAAGAGGCCAGAAGUGGGCCAAAGACGGCAACCUGAUACCCAGCCGAAAGAGCAGCGCACCCACGUCAGCGGCCAGCGUCAUUCACUCGUCCUGUGACACCGCAGCAAUGUGUUGGGGGGGCUUUUUUUACGCAAUGGGAGAGUGGAACUUGAGUCCAGCAGGAUCUUACUGGCAUCUGUGUGGACGAUGAGCUUGGAGAGGGCAGAGGACCUGCUGGGGAAGUGGAAGGUGUUUGUGUGUGAUCAAAUAAAGAUUCUGGUUAAACGGAAAGACUGUUGGACCUUGGGCUUCACAACUAAGGAACAAAAGAUUUGCAUUUAUAGCCAUGUCCACACCAAGCAAGAGAAACAUUGAGUAAAGCAACAUAUUCUGAAAGGCCUUCUGUAGCUUCAGCUACAUAUUAAAAAGGAUGGGGGCACUGACUGACUGAUUGCCCUUGUGUCAAUGUACGAGCAUUUACGCCAAGCUUAGUGUCUUCGUGGGGCACCUCAACCCCACACAGGGCAGGCCAGGAUUAUUGAAGGACACUACCCGAGGGGACAUGCCACUGAAGGGACACUUUGACUGAUCCUGCUCCCCCAGGGCCCCUCCCUCUUGGUGCCUUAAGCAAGCACUCAUGGAAAAAGGCUCUAUCGCAUUCCCCCGUUUCCAUCUGAACCCCUGAGAAUCCCCCCCCCAGUUCUUUCUCUGUCUUUAUCCCAAAAUGACUCCUCCUUCAUCCCAUAUUUCUCCAUCCUACAUCCCCAGUUUAGUUUCUGACUUGAUCGAACUCAUUUCUCCAUUGUCAUAUAGCCCAGGAGAAAGUGUGUACAGCCUUUUGACAUUCAAAUUACACACGUAUACACUUUAACAUAAACCCCAUAGUCCACAGACAUUUGUCUUCAUUGCUCUGUGCCAAAGAAAAUAGAUUAUUUUCUUUCAUAGUGGAAAGAAUAUUGUCUGAAAAUAUGGUACAAGGCUGUUCUCUAGUGAAUAAUGAUUCAUUGUUGUUCUCUACGUGACUCUGGGGUUUCCCUUUCAUAUGUUUCUUUUAGAGAGAAUGGGAGAAUGUUACUGCACUCAACUCUGUGAAUAGGUGUUUUCUGUAGGUGCGGGUUUACAGGAUGAGUCACAUACUGGCAUUUUAUUCUUGUCUUAAAUAUUCUCUCGUUUCUGUCACUGAAUGUAAAGUGGGAUGGAAAAUGCAAAUCCCAGAAGUAGUAAGUGCAACAUUCAGAAUUGUAUAGAGAUUGGGUAUAGCCUGUUUGUCCCUGUGUGAAGGACUGUGUACAAGCACUCCUUUGCCCUUGAGAAUUGUCAUUGAUCACUGUUGCAUCGAUUCUGGCCACCAGAUUAGUGACGCUCAUGCUGAGUAAAGUCUGUCUAUGCAUCCAGAGGUAGCAGUUAACACACAAUGCCAAAGACCGUCCUGGAGGCCAGCUGCUUCAAUAGACAUGCAAGUGAUCAGUCCUUUCUGACACAUUUGUUUGCGUCUCAGUGUGCCAUUUAGAUGUGCUGUUGCAUACUGAUUGUUAGCCAAACUCGGAAGGGGAAUAAGGAGGUAAUAUUGGAAGACAAAAACAGAACAUUGGAAGUCAUUACUUUCACUUUUAUGUGUGAGUGGGGAGCAAUCCCUGCAGUUGGAUUGGGUUCAGCCACCCUGAACAGAACAGUAUUAUUCUUAGGGGAUAUAAUGCAUUACUGGCAGCAGCAGUGUAAUUGUCAAGUUAACCCUGGAGCGUAAGUCUUCUCUGAUCAUUUUAUGUACUGACAAAAAAAUAGGACUAACAGAUCAGUCUGUAUUCGCAAGCACCUGCGUACUGCAUGGUCACAUCCCUUAAUCUCUUUCAAGUCAAAGGAAAUGCACAUAAAGAGUAUUUAUGAGUAUGUUCUUUUUUAGCUCAGUGUAUGACAGGUGACCAGUAUUUGUUUGUCAGAGAUGUGAAGUGAUUUCCCUCCUGCCUUUUGAAAAAUAAAAGGGAAAGUCUACCUCUCUCUGCUGCUUGGGAAAUACGUCCCUCACCCAGUAGACGGCCAUGCUGUCUGCCAAUGUAGUUUGUCACUCCAGCGAGUGACGCUAUAUAUUGUUUGUUUGUGUGCCCUCUAUUAUUUGGUGCUGUAUAUAUGACAAUUUUAUAUUUCUACUGUAUAUUUCUACUUACAUGUACAUUUUAAUUGUUGUAUUAAAUAAAUGUUAUGUGAACACA